AUGUCUGAUAGCGAGUCAUUCUCCGAGCGCGAGCCCAAUGCGUUCGAUGAGGAGUCAUCGGAAGGUCUCUUUGACUCCGACGGCGAAGCGGCGAGGCCUGAUGCCGAGGGUGGGAGUGAUACCGAUGUUGAGAUACUCGGUGAAGGGCCCAGCUCCAUUCCAACACACGGCAUAGGGAAGGGGCUAAUGACUGCUCCUGUGCCGUUGUCCAUUGUCUAUAGUGACGGCCGCCACGUGGGCCUCGGUAUGCCUGGGGAGGCGAGCGGUAGUCACCAAUCAGAGACCUCCACUUCCGGCCGUGGAGAGUCAGCCGCCGAACCAUUCUCUGGGCCGAGGGUAUCGGUAGUGUACCCCAGCAAUCCUAGGGUACCUAUGCCGAAGGAAAAUUUGUUCGGUGUCGACUAUCUCGGGCCGAACAGGAUUACCGAGCGGGAGAUUGCCAAAUAUCGAGCGGAAUACCGCAUUCCCGAUUCGGUUCGGAUGAGGAUCCCGGGCCCUACCGAAUCCCUCAGCAAGCCGAAGGACGGCGAGGUAGUUUUCUUUACCGACGUCCUUGUGCAAGGCGUUCGGUUGCCGUUGCAGCCGGCAGUACAGAGGAUCCUGGCCCAGAUCGGCUACGCUCCGGGGCAAUUUAACCCGAACUUCUGGGUGGCCCUCAUGGGAGUGAUAACGGCCUUCGGCAUGGCCGGUGAGGGGUGUCCAUCCUACGAGCAGUUCUCGCACCUGUACAGUAUUACCAAGUCCCAGUGUGCCGAUCACGGCGGAUGGGUGCAGGCAAACUGUCUCAAGGCUACCGAGUGUGGCCACUUUGUCAGCUGGGUACCGACUUCUCAGAAGUCAUGGAGGAAUCGGCGGGUGCUCCUUUCGGGUGAUUAG